AUCCCGUAUGCCACUGAGCAACUGAGCUCACGUGCCGCAACUCCUGAAGCCUGUGCACCUAGAGCCCAUGCUCCUCAAUGAGAGAAACCAGCUCUUAAGCCACAAUUAAGGAGCCUGAAUGCCGCAACUAGAGAAUAGCCCCCACUCUCUGCAACUAGGGAAAGCCCACGAGCAGCAAGGAAGACCUGACACAACCAAAAAGUAAUUAAGAAAUGGGCAAGAGAUUUGAUCACCUUACCAAAGGAAGUAUAUGAAUAGCCAGUUAAGUCAUUAAAGCCAUGAUGAGAUACAUGCCUGUGCCCUAAAAUGGCUAAAUGAUACUUCUCUCUAGGUGUGUAUGCAUGUUUUGGUUAAAAAAAGGCAUUGAAAAUAGUAUUAUUUUAAAACUCAAAACGUCAGAUUCUCUUUUCAGAUUGUGUAGUGGACAUUUGUGUCUGUUUUUUGGCUACCCACAUUUUCUUUCUUUGGAGGUUUUUCCCCCUUUCUGCUAUGUAGAGGUGGUAUGUAUAUCUUUUUCCAGUUAAGACUGUGCAGAUGUUUUUCCUGUCACUAGGAGUAGAAGAGAAGCUCUUUCAACUGAUAAAGGGUAUCUACUAGAUAUCUUCAAACUUUAGAAUUCCUGCUGAAGUCAAGAAUAAGAUAUCUAUUGUCACUGUUAUUAAGCAACAUUAUGCUAAAGACAAAACUAUCAUAAUAUUCAGAUAAUACAAAUAUCUACUUAGAAAAUUCAAGAAUAUUUACAAUCAGAUGUUAAAAGUAGACCAGGAGUCCUAUAUAUUAUCAAUAAACAUUUAGAAAAUAGUAAAAAAAAAAAAUUAAAUUCAUAAGGGUAACAAAAUCUACAAGGAGCUAAAAUAAAUGUAGUGUGCACUGGUGUAUAUAAACAUUAUAGGUGAGAAGCAGGUUGAUGGGGCAGAAUUUUAUCAGCAGAAGGGUCACAAUGUAGAGAGUUCCCUCUGACCUUUGAACUUCCUGUAGAAAGAAUUGUUGGCCCUGAAGCAGCUGGAUGUACCAGAAAAACACUGUCAUUGUAAUAUUAUUUGUGUUAAUACGAAAGUUCGGAGGAGUCCGCUAUUAACAAUGAUUGCUUCUAGGCUAAGUAGAUGGCCUUGUGGAACCAGGGCCUGGCCAGAAGAGUUCACGUGCCAGUGGGGCUGGUAACAGUUUGCCUCUCUAACUCAGCAACUGGCUGAACUACCAAAAUGGAGAGGGAUACCUGUUUUUGCCUUUUCUUAAUAUGUAGGCUUUAUGGCACAGUGGUUAGAAGUGUAAACUCCAUUUCCAGACUGAUUAAUCAAAACCCCUAUAUGCCUGGGUUUCCUCAUCUGUAAAGUGGAGAUAAUAAAAAUAGCUAUUUGAUUUGGACUGUUAAAGGGAUUAAAUGGACAUAUCUAAGGUGCUUAGAACUGUGCCUGGCAAGUAGUAGGUGCUAAACAAAUUUUAGUUAUUAUGCAUAAUAUCAUGAAAUGAUUUUUGAAACUAUAAACCCAGAAAAAUUAAGAAAGCAGGAGGGGACCCUCAGCACCCAGAAUAUUUUAACAAACUUUUGGAAGAUGGAAACUCAAAUAGAAGAGUAGUGACCAACGAAGCAGACGGACAGAGCCCGCAGCCUGAAUACACAUGUAACACCUGGGAGACUGCGUACCUUGUACAGGGCCCUGGAGCCGCAGGUGGCCCAGAAUGCCAGCUAAGAAGGUGGGCAGGAAAACCAAGGGACUAACUGAAAAUACCUGAGAGACUGCCAGCUCCCUCUGCCCCACCGUCAGACUGUUUACUAUGCAGGUGUUAUUGCUGAGGCAAAGCGUUAGUGGAUUCUUCUCUUCUAAAAAAAAAUGGAAUAAACUGACUUAGAGGAGCUACUGUGAGUCCUGGGCAUCCCCAAACAAAGAAUCCUUCAAAAAUUGGUCUUUUUAUGUUCCUCAGAUGAGUUUUCAGCUGCUAUCUCUGAAUUUACAACUGACUUGAAAUCAUUUUCUGAGGUGUUUCUCUGAAGUUGAGGGCUUCUCCUGAGCAAGUCUUAGCUCCCCAAUCUUCCUCCGUAAAGUUCAGAUCACACUCACAUGGCUUUUGAUCAGACUCUUUAACCAGAAUUUUGAUCAGUCAGCUUUGCAAUCGCCUAAUUUUCAAACAUGAAUUGAAAACCAUGGAUCUGUACACAUUUGAGGAAAGCUGGUAAUGUGAAAAAUCUCAACAUAAAGGUAAAUAGUAAUUAGCCUUGGAGGAAACAGAUCAUUCAGGAGACAGAUGAACUCUAUUUGGAUUAGUACUGGUAAAGAUAAUUUGUAUAUCAGACCCACAAAAUGGGAAUGACCUCAGUGGCCUGGCGCAAGUCACAAAUCUAAAUCCAGGUCAGCCAGCGCUUAAAGGAAACACCUGUCAAUGAAACCUAGUAUACACCAAUCACAAUACCCCCAACUCAGCUUUACCUAGUUUACCUGACCCUAGAAAACCAGGACAUGCUACCCUUUAAUGAAUCCCUGGCCUCCUGACCAAUCACGCCUCUUCCCUCUAAACCUACCUUUACUCUCCGCCCCCCGAACCCCCGGCCUUCCCUUUGGAGCAGCACUCCCUUGCCCUGAGACAUGUGCUCCUCCCGUCCACGGAUCCUUUUCCCUUGACAAAGAGCAACAAGCUCAUUGUAGUUUUGUUGUUUGACAGUAUUGCAGGAGAGAUUUUAAAAAAUUAUGUUGGCUGAGAAAAUUAGAUCUCGUGAAAGAGACAACAAAGAAGGGCUGUGGGAAAUUGAAAGUAUAAUUGCUGAAUUUAGAAUUACUAUUGGAAAGUUGGAAGAUAGUGAAGAGAGUACAGCCAAAGGACGGAGAGAAUAUAUGAGCAAAAAAAAAAAGGAACUUUGGUGAUAAAUUCCCAUCUGAAUAAUGGGAAUACCAGAAAGAGUGAAAAUAGAAUAGUAGGCAGUAGGAAAUUAACAAAGAAAUUAUAGAAGACAAUUUCCUGGGACUGGUGGGAGGCCCACACAUUCAGCUUGAAACAAGUCCGCUGAGUUCACUAAAUGGAGAAAGACCCACACCAAGACACAAUAACUUUGAGAUUUUAUAACCCAUGGAUAAAAGAGAAAACCCUAAAAAGAUACAGGAAAGAUGGAAACUAACACCAAAGAAAUACAGACAGGUAUGUACUAGCAGCGGAAACAUUAACCAGUCUUAAAUUAUUUAGAAUAAAAUACUUCUGUUGUGGGACUUGGUUUUGUGAGGCUUUGGAGUCCUGACUAACCCUGCUGACUCAGUACCCUAGAGAAGUUACUUGUGGUUUCUCAGGAAAUUGCAACUUGUUCUGGGUGUUAGUUCCUCAAAUGUGUUCUUGCUGCUUCCCAUUAAAAGGACAAAGAGAAUAGUUGUAUUUAUUUUCUACAUUCUCCUUCCAUUCAGCUGGGACUCUGGAUAAACUUCCAGAAAAUGGCCGCCCAGGAGAAAGCCCCUGAGGAGAGGAUUUCUCAGUUUGAUUAUGCUUUGCUCCCAGAGAUGUCUGCUUUCCUAGGUAUAAAUGCCCUUCAAUACGUAAAGGAGAUAGAAGAACAAGAGCACAAAGACAGAGAAAAAAUGCAAAAAGGCUUUAAUUCACAAAUGCGUAGUGAAGCAAAAAGGUUAAAGACUUUUGUGACAUAUGACACCUUCAGCUCAUGGACGCCCCAGGAGAUGGCAGAAGCUGGGUUUUAUUUCACUGGCACAAAAUCUAGCGUUCAGUGCUUCUGCUGUAGCUUAAUCCUGUUUGGUACUAGCCUCCAGAGUCCCCCCAUGGGACACCACAGGAAAUUCCAUCCAGACUGUGAGUUCCUUCUGGGUAAAGAUGUUGGCAACAUUGCCAAGUAUGAUGUAAGAGUUCAGAAUCCAGAGAACAUGUUGAGGACGGACGACAAAGCAAGGUACCAAGAAGAGAAGGCCAGACUUGAAUCCUUCAAGAACUGGCCAUUUUAUGCCCAAGGGACGGCCCCAAGGGAGCUCUCGGCUGCUGGCUUUGUCUUUACAGGUAAACGUGACAUUGUCCAGUGCUUUUCCUGUGGUGGAUGUUUAGGAAAUUGGGAAGACGAUGAUGAUCCCUGGAAGGAACAUGCCAAGUGGUUCCCUAAAUGUGAAUUUCUUCAAAGUAAGAAAUCCUUAGAGGAAAUUACCCAGUAUAUUCAAAGCUACAAGGGAUUUGUUGACGUCACGGGAGAACAUUUUCUGAAUUCCUGGGUCAAGAGAGAUUCAUCUGUGGCAUCAGUCUGUCGCAAUGGCAGCAUCUUUGGUAAUGAAGAACUCCGACUGCAGUCUUUCAAAUACUGGAGCCCGUCGUCCCCAGUGGGAGCAGCAGGUCUGGUCAAAGCAGGUCUUUUCUACACAGGUAAAUCGGACAUUGUCCAGUGUUUUUCCUGUAGAGGGUAUUUGCAUGAGUGGGAGGAAGGUGAUGACCCAUUAGAAGAACACGCCAAAUUUUUUCCCAAUUGUCAGUUUCUCCAGAGUGUGAAGUCCUCUGCAGAAGUGAUUCCAGACCUUCAGAGCCAUGAUGAACUUUCUGAGUUAACGGGAACUACAAGCGAAAGCCAUCUUGAAGAGUCAACAGCAGUUGGUUCUGUAGUGCCAGAGGUGGCCCAGGGUGAAGCCCAGUGGUUUCAGGAGGCAGAGAGCCUGAGUGAGCGCCUGAGAAAAGUCUAUACCAGUGCUCCUUUCUGCCACAUGUCUUUGCUUGAGAUCUCUUCCUGUCUAGCCACGGACCAGUGGCUGGAUUGUGAUCUGUCCUUUGCUUUAAAAUCCAUCACCAAUCCUGUGCAAGAGCCUGUGGUGUUGCCUGAAGUCUUUGCUAACUUGAACUCUGUCAUGAGUGUGGAGGGUGAAGCUGGGAGUGGAAAGACCAUCCUCCUGAAGAAAAUAGCUCUUCUGUGGGCAUCAGGAUGCUGCCCCUUGUUAAACAGGUUCCGGCUGGUCUUCUAUCUCUCUCUUGGCUCUACCAGACCAGAGCAGGGGCUGGCCAGUGUCAUUCAUGACCAACUCUUAGAGACAAAUGCAUCUGUUACUGAAAUGGGCCUAAGGAACAUCAUCCAGCAGUUAAAGAACCAGGUGUUAUUCCUUUUGGAUGACUACAAAGAAAUGUGCUCAGUCCCCCAAGUCAUAGCAAGGAUGAUUCAAAAAAAACAUUUGUCAAGGACCUGCUUGUUGAUCACUGUCCAUACAAAUAGGGCCAAGAACAUCCGCCGAUACCUAGACACAAUCAUAGAGAUUAAGGCGUUUCCUUUCUAUAAUACAAUUUCUGUACUACAGAAGCUCUUUCCAGGCAAUUUGACCCGUCUGCGAAAGUUGAUGGUUGACUUCGGAAUGAGUCAAACUUGGCAGGCAGUUCAGAAAACGCCCUUGUUUGUGUCAGCGGUCUGUGCUAGUUGGCUUCAGAAUCGUUUUCAUCGAUCCUUUGAUAGUGUGGCUGUUUUCAAGUCCUAUAUGGAAUGCCUUUUCUUAAAGCACAAAACUGCAGCUGACCUACUCAAAGCAACUCUGUCCUCCUGCGGUGAACUAGCCUUGAAAGGCUUUUUUGCAUCUUGCUUUGAGUUUAGUGAUGAGGACCUCAGAGAAGCAGGGAUUGGUGAAGAGGAAGAUCUAGCAAUGUACCUGAUGAGCAAAUUUACAGCCCAGAGACUGAGGCCAGUCUAUCAGUUUUUAAAUCCUGCAUUUCAAGAAUUCCUUGCUGGAAUGAGGCUGACCGAACUCCUGGAUUCAGAUACGCAAGAAGACCAAGAUUUGGGACUUCAUUAUUUGAAACAAAUCAACUCAGCCUUGAUGGCUAUCUGUCCCUAUGCCAAUUUUCUGAACUGUGUCUCCUGCCAUCCUUCAACAAAGGCAGGGCCAAAAAUUGUAUCCCAUUUGCUUCUUUUGGUGGAUAAUAAAGAGACACUGGAGAAUAUAUCUGAAAAUGAUGCCUACCUGAAGCAUCAUCCAGAAAUUUCUGAGGUGAUGCAGUGUUUCAGGUUGGUGUGGCAAUUUUCUCCACAAAAUUACCUUUCACUGGCUUCAAAACAUUUGCUAGCUCUGGCUGUGAAAAUUGCGUAUCAAAGCAACACUGUUGCUGCAUGUUCUCCUUUCAUUUUGCAAUUCCUUCAUGGGAGAACCCUGUGUUUGGAUGUGCUUAAGUUACAGUAUUUUUUUGACCACCCAGAAAGCCUGUUAUUGUUGAGGAGCAUCCAGGUCUCCAUAAGUGGAAAUAGGUCGUCGUUCGUAACAGAUUUGCCUAUGGAAAGAAUUUUCGACAAAUCACAGGCACCAACUAUAGAUCAGGACUAUGCUUCUGCCUUUGAACUUGAGAGUGAAUGGAAGCAGAGUUUAGGUGAAAAACAGGAAAACAUUAAACAUUUUCAGAACAUUCGGCUCAAUGCACCACCAGCCACGAGCACUGGCUAUUGGAACCUUCCUUCAAAGCAGUACAAGAUUCCCCUUCUGGAAGUUCAUGUGAUUAAUACCAAUGCUGUGGAUCAGGAGAUGCUAAGGUUCCUAACAGAGGUUUUCUCAGCUGCGCAGCACAUUGAACUCCACUUGAACCACAGCAGGGGUUUUAUUGGAAACAUCCGCCCAGCUCUGGAGCAGCACAAGGCCUCUUUCACAAAGUGCUGCGUAAGCCAGUGCGAGCUGAGCGCAGCAGAGCAGGAACUGCUUCUCACUCUGACUUCCCUAGAAUCUCUUGACGUCUCAGAGACAACCCAUCGACAAGAUCACCUCUUUCUUAGUUUGGACAAAUUCUUGUGCCUGAAGGAACUGUCUGUGAAUCUGCAACAAGAUGUUUUUUCAGUCAUUUCUGAAGAAUUCCUAAAUCUCUACCAUAUGGAGAAAUUACUGAUCCAAAUUUCAUCUACAUGCAGUCCUUCCAAAUUAGUCAGAUUAGUUCAGAAUUCUCCAAACCUUCAAAUUUUCCAUCUGGAAUGUAAUAGAUUUUCGGAUUUUGAAUCUCUUGUGACUGCACUUGCUUCCCGCAAGAAACUUAAAGAAAUUAAGUUUUCUGGACGAUGUUUUGAAGCCAACCCAUUUGUCAUUGUUUUGCCAAAUUUUAUUUCUCUGAAGAUAUUAAACCUUGGGCUCCAAUAUAUUCCAGAUAAGGAAACAGCUGAAAAAUUUGCCUAUGCUUUAGGUUAUUUAAAUAACCUGGAAGAACUGAUCCUUCCUACUGGGGAUGGGAUUCAUCAAAUGGCCAAACUGAUUGUCCAGCAGUGUCAGCAUCUUCAGUGUCUCCAAGUUCUCCAGUUUUUCCAGACUUUGGAUGAUGACAGCGUGGUGGAAAUUGCCAAGGUAGCAAUCAAUGGAGGUUUCCAGAAACUCAAGCAUCUUAACUUUUCAGCCAACCACAAGAUUACAGAGGAAGGAUACAGAAACUUCUUUCAAACACUGGACAACCUGCCCAACUUGCAAGAGUUAAUUAUUUCCAGGCAUUUCAAAGAAUGUAUCAAAGUUCAGGCCACAACAGUCAAGUCUUUGAGUCAAUGUGUGUUAAGGCUGCCAAGCCUCAUGAAACUUAGCAUGUUAAGUUGGCUCCUGGAUGCAGAAGACAUCACACUACUUACUGCCACAAUAAAAAAGCACCCUCAGUCUAAACAUUUCACCCUUUACUGGAAAUGGAUACUGCCAUUCUCUCCAAUCAUUCAGGAACAUAUUAGCUAAAAUCUACUAAAUCAAGAAAAUUUUUGUCAAUAAUUCUAAAAACUGUUGGAUAAAAUUUUGGAUAAUGUUAAUUAUCCAAAAACUUAUUAAAUGCUGCAUACAAAGAAUAAAAUGCAUAAAGCGUGUAAUACAAAAAACCCCAAACAGCCUGCUUACCCAUUACUGAGCUUUAAGAAACAGUAUUACCAGUGACUGAAGUCCCUAAAUGAUCCUCCCCAAUCAAAAAUCAGACCUUUAAUCAAAUUUACACAUCCAACUCUCCAUUACUCAGGUCAUAUAGGGCUUUCAGGCUAACUACGGUAAACGGUAACAAAGCCACGAGGAGGGCUGGGGAGAAUGGUGUAUCCAUCGUAAAGCCACAAUAUGAAAGGAGUAUUCAAGUUAUUACAAAAUGGAUAAUUUAAGGACUGCAUCAGUUUCAUACAUAGGUGAGACAAGAGAUAUUCCAUAAUCCUUGUAGCAUCUGUUUUUGUACAUUUAAUUUAGUGUGGUAUGGUUUAUGUAUACCUUCCUUUUAUCUACUGCAGAAGAAAUAGGAUUUAGGGCAAAUGCUCAUAUUCUAGAGGCCUUUGAUUCAGUGCUUAUUGUAGAAGCAGGAAGUUUAGAAUAGAGUUUGGCAUUAUUGGAAAUUAGCUAAAUCUGCAUUUUUAAGAACACUGAGUAUCAAUGUUUUUUUUAGAUGUUUGAGAAUCCAAGGUAUACAUUUAUAAUGGCCUUAAAAUCUUAUGUGUCCGCUUUGCUGAAGAACAUAUUUUGUCAGUGACUUUAUAUUGUUCAAGGUAUUACAUCUGAUGUCAAUGUCUA